AUGCGUGCCAUCACAUCCAUCUCGUUCGUCCUUCUCGUAGCACCCCUCGGUGCCCUCGCCGCCCCAACACCUUCCGAGGAUGUGAUUCCAAGUAGAGUCCUCCAAGCAAGAGCAGUGGUAACCCCAGCGCCAUGCCAACCGCAACUCAGCCCUCCUCCCACCGAGCAGGAAUCAGCCGAACGCUUCGAGAAGUUCGCCCACGCCUUUCUUGAAACCAAGAACUUGACUGAAGCGUUUGAGUACAUUGACGCUACUGCCAACGGCCCCAACGCUGCUCUCGAUGCCCUCGGUCCUUACUGGGACUCGGUCCAGAUCACCCCGUUGAGAAGAACGUUUAAAGGCGAGUUUGGGUGGUUGAAUUAUCGAACCAAUUACUUUGGCGAGAUUGUUGAUAGGUAUCGCAUGGAGGGUGGGUGUAUUGUUGAGCAUCAGUGCACCUGGAAAUCCACCGCCCUUUCAAUCACUUCAAUGACUACGAAGCGUACACCAAUAGUGGCCAGUCGACCUGAAGAGACCCCCAGUCCUCAGGCCCAUUCAUAUGUCGUAGAUUCCAUGAGUCGGAUGAUAUCCAUCGGCGCGGAACUACUCAUGGCUGUGAUGGUUCCGACACAGAAGCCUCUGACAAGGAGUGAACGCCCAUCCAGGGCCAGAUAA